AUGUUUCAAUUGAGUGCUACUUUAAAGGCACAUGACCAGGAUGUAAAGGGCGUGGUUGCAAUCAAUAAUGAUACGUUAGCCUCUGUAUCGAGAGAUGGAACAGUACGUCGUUGGUCUCUUACUGAUAAGAAAGACAAUUUAUGGACAGAUGAAGUAUUAUACAAUACCAAUAUGUUCUUAAAUGCUAUCACUUAUGAUUCUAUAAAUGAAACAAUAUUUUUUGCUGGGAAGGAUUCUCUGAUUAAUGGUUGUAAACUUGAUAGUUCAUUGAAUGAGGAUCCUCAAUUUACUCUUGUUGGCCACUCUUCAAACGUUUGUUCAUUAAAUGAAAAUGUUGAAACUACUGAAUUAAUUAGUGGCUCUUGGGAUAAGACAGCUAAAGUUUGGUCUAGUGGAUCCCUAAAAUAUUCAUUGAAAGGUCACGAAGCUGCAGUUUGGGAUGCAAAAUUCUUACCAAACAACAAAGAUAAAUUUGUGACUGUGUCAGCUGAUAAAACUAUCAAGAUUUGGGAUAAAGAAAAUGCUAUACAAACUAUUACGGGAAUUCAUGAUGAUGUUAUUAGACAAAUUGAUUUUAUUCCAAGUAGUCAAAAUGACUUCCUUUUCGCAACUUGUUCGAAUGACACUACAAUCAAGUUAUUCAAUGAAGGUGGGGAAAUUAUAAAAUCUUUAGAAGGCCACGAAAGUUUUGUUUACGAUAUUAAAUACAACAACGUUACAGCUGAAUUGAUUAGUUGUGGUGAGGAUAGAUCUUUAAGAAUCUGGGAUUGUACAACUGGUAAAGCUAAACAAGUUAUCAGAGUGCCUGCUGUCUCCAUUUGGUGCCUAGAUAUUCUUCCAAACAAUGAUAUUGUUGUUGGUUGUAGUGAUAAUACUAUCAGAAUCUUUUCUUAUGAGGAAAGUCGUUUUGCCUCCACUAGUGCCAUAGAAGUGUUUCAAAAGGAAGUUGAAAGUACCUCAUUAAGCUCACAAACAAUGGAGUUCGAUGAAUCAAAGGUAUCUCCACCCGAGGUUUUGAAAAGACCAGGUAAACAAGAAGGUCAAAUUGUAGUCGUUAAAUCUCCUAGUGGUGCUCUAGAUGCUUAUCAAUACUCCAAUUCAAAUUGGUCCAAAGUCGGUGAAGUCGUAGGCUCUAAUAGUGCUGGAAGUGAUAAGAAGGUAAAUUUUGAAGGUAAUGAUUACGACUACGUGUUUGAUGUUGAUAUAGAAGAAGGUCAACCACCAUUGAAACUUCCUAUUAAUAUCACAGAUAACCCUUAUGAUGCUGCAGACAAAUUUAUAAUGCGUUAUGAUUUACCAUCAAGUUAUAAGGAUCAAAUUGUUAAUUUUAUUCUUCAAAAUACAAACGGUGUUUCAUUUGAUGAACCUACUGAUAAUACAAAGAAGGAUGAUGUUAAAGCCCCUCCGCAAAUGAUAAAUACAGAUAACUUGAGGGUUCUACCAAUUAAAGAGUUUUUACCUCUAGUUUCAUUUAACCCUGAUGCAUUAUUAAAUGGGAUAGUUAAAUUAAACGAGAAAGAGAAAACAUUCAAUGAUGAAGAUUGUGCAACUAUCGGUUCAGCAUUAUAUGAUAUCGAGGGAAAUGUUCAAACCUUAUACAAUUAUGCCGUCACAAUUAGAUCAUCAUGGAACACAAAAACUCCAGCUUAUGAUAUAAUACGAUUAAUCGUUCACCAAUUGGAAACGGCUAGUGAUAUCAGUGAGUUUGUCGAAGAAGGUUUGAACUCUAAGGAUAUUAAUAUUAGGAUGUUAAUAACACGUAUCCUUGUUAAUUGUUUUUUGAAUAAAAAAUGGGGUAUUGAUCUAAUGAAAUCUGUUAAAAUGUAUGACUCAGUAUUUGAAACAUUGGAUAACGUAUUAGAAAAUGAAACCAAACGUCAAGCGCAAAAUUUGGCAUUGGCUGUCUCCACCUUACUAUUAAAUUAUUCGGUUUUAGUGGUAAAGGACCCUUCUAACGGAUUAAAUAUAGUUCCGACACUUUCUGAUGCUAUAAACACAAAAUUUGGGAAAUUAGAGGAGUACCAAGAAAACGAAGAAGCUGCCUACAGAUUGGUUGUUACUUACGGAAAUCUUUCUCUAAUAGAACCUACGUUAAAACAAUUCGCUAAAUCAAUAAAAUGGUUAAAUGAGGUUAACCUUAGAUACUCGCUCCAUAAUGAACGAUUCUCAAAUAUUUUUGGAGAUAUCUAUUAA